CCGGGGAUGGAACGCUGGAGGAUUUAAGCAGAAGGUGGUGGUUCCGUGUUGUGGUGAAGAACUUGGACUUGGCUGCCGGAUGGCUUCAGCUUUGAUUUUGGUUCUGCCUCUCACUGGUUGAAGUCACUUAACCUCCCUGGACCUCAGCAAGUGAGCAUGAUCAACAAUGCCAGACCAGAAUUCACAACCAUUGGUCAAGGGCAAAUACUACCAGCUCUGCGUCUCCAGUCACUCCAUGCCAUUUCACCAAGUAGGAGCCAAAGGAAAGCUUGAAAAAUGAAAAUGUUGGCAAGACUCAUUCUGGGACUUGUCAUCUUUGAUGCUGCUGGGACAGCUCCAACUCUGGAACCCAUCAACUAUGACUCAGAAACAUAUGACACUGUCUUGGAGGACCUGGAUAAUUUAUACAACUAUGAAAACAUACCUAUUGGUCAAACUGAGAUUGAAACAGCCACAGUGAUGCCUUCUGGGAACAGAGAGCUCCUCACCCCACCCCCACCGCCGGAGGAGGCUGAAGAGGAGGAAGAAGAGGAGUCCACCCCCAGACUGAUCGAUGGCUCCUCUCCACAGGAGCCUGAAUUCACCGGGGUCCUGGGCCCACACACCAAUGAAGACUUUCCAACCUGCCUUCUGUGUACGUGUAUAAGUACCACUGUAUACUGUGAUGACCGUGAACUUGACGCUAUCCCUCCGCUGCCCAGGAACACGGUUUAUUUCUAUUCCCGCUUCAACAGAAUUAAAAAGAUCAACAAAAAUGAUUUUGCAAGCCUAAAUGAUUUAAGAAGGAUCGAUUUGACAUCAAAUCUAAUAUCUGAAAUUGAUGAGGAUGCAUUCAGAAAGCUACCUCGCCUCCGGGAGCUUGUCCUGCGUGACAAUAAAAUAAGGCAGCUCCCCGAACUGCCAAACACUUUGACAUUUAUCGAUAUCAGCAGCAAUAGACUGGGAAGGAAAGGAAUAAAGCAAGAAGCAUUUAAAGAUAUGUCUGAUCUCCAUCACCUCUACCUCACUGAUAACAAUUUGGACCACAUCCCUCUGCCACUCCCGGAAAACCUACGGGCCCUUCACCUCCAGAAUAACAACAUCUUGGAGAUGCAUGAAGAUACCUUCUGCGAUGUUAAAAAUUUAACUUAUAUUCGUAAGGCGCUGGAGGAUAUUCGACUGGAUGGAAACCCUAUCAAUCUCAGCAAAACUCCUCAAGCCUACCUGUGCCUACCUCGUUUGCCUAUUGGAAGUCUUGUCUAAUUUCAGAUCAUGGUUAGCAUUAUGACACUCACUGUAAUGGAACAAUUCUUACUGCUCUCUUCAAAAACAGAAACUCAGCGCGAUACUUUCAAAUUGUGUUCUAAAACAUGGUGUACAACUGAAAUUUUUAAGGUAUCAUGACACUUAGCAUGUUAAGCAAACACCA